GUUGCAUCUCACGGCGUGCUAACCCCGACGCAUGAAUCGGACCUCGAAUCCAAAGCCUCUCACCAUAGGAGCCUUCCAUUGUCCGAGAGAAACCCAAACACUCCACAUCAGUUUAUGAUGUAGCAAGACGAGACACAUUUACAAAUCUUGCGGAUAUAAGGGCUAAGGAAAUCGAUCUCUACUCAACUAAUCAAGAUUGCAUCAAGAUGCUUGUUGGAAACAAAGUUGAUAAGGAAAGUGGAAGGGAUGUCAUGAAGAAAGAGGGAAUUGAUUUUGCUCGGGAGUAUGGAUGUCUUUUCCUUGAAUGUAGUGCAAAAACUCGAAUUAAUGUACAGCAGUGUUUUGAAGAGCUUGUUUUAAAGGAACCUGCAUCAGAGAUACAGGACAAGAUUUUAUUUAUGAUUAAUAAUAUUUCAGCUUCAAAUAUGGAUGUGAAAGCAAAAGAAUUUACUGAUGUCCUGAAAGAGCAGUACUAUCCAUGGUUUGCUGAGUAUAUGGUGAUAUCUUAUUAAUAACCUUUUAGUUUC